AGCACAAGAAACACAAGGCAAAGCUUGGUGCUGAGAUACAUCGUAGCUGCUCAGACCCAAACCUACAUCGUCGUCUUUUGGGCAGGAAUUCAGCCUUUUGUUCAGGAUAGACUGAUCGUCGUCGUCAAUAUGAAUCAAUCAGGUCUCCCGACACCCCCUUUACAGCCAGGUCAGCAAGCCAGUGCUAGCAAUGCGAAUACUCCAUCAACCUCAAAUCAGCAGAGCUCCAGCGAUAACGUACAUCCAUUAUCUCUAGACAGUCUUCUAGUGCACAUCACCACUUCUUCAUCUCCGCAUACACUCAACCAAACCCUUCGCAAUUGUGCACCAAAAGAUGUGCGAGAAACAAUCUUGUCCAGUUUCUUGGGAGGUGGGCAGGAUCCUUUAACAUUGUUAGAUAUCAGAUCACACACGCUUGGAGUACUGUAUAUACUAUCUGCGAGGCUUAAUACUUCAAUCUCGCUACCACCUCCACUCCAAUAUGUCGAAGAUUUCUGUCGUUCCUUUUCCCCAGAGCAGGCUCGUUACGCCCCUGAUCGAGUUACAUUACUAGCCAAAGGAAUCGCCUGUUUUUCUGAGACUAUAGGCAAUCCGAAGUGCGCUAUCACACCUUUGUAUAGUUUAGUAGAAAGAUACUCUCCAACGCCUUCACACCUCACCACCGUCCAUCGCAUAUUCUUAUCAGCCUGUGUAUCUACCCGGCACUUUACAGCAGCACUUCCUGUCUUGUCUCAUCCGAUAACUACCAUCGAUACUACACUCUCUGAUAUACACUACAACGAUAAUCUCGUGUACCAUUAUGCUGGCGGCAUGGCGUUGGCCGCGUUGAAAAGAUGGUCUGAGGCUGAAGAAUUCUUCGAGAUAUGUGUAACGAGCCCUGGGCAAGUGCCGGCCGCUAUUCAGAUGGAGGCGCUCAAAAAGUGGUUAAUUGUGCAGCUGAUUUAUCGGGGCAAGAUAAUGCCUUUGCCCAAAUACACGAAUCCUAUGUUGUUUCGCUCAAUCAAAAACACACCGUACACCAGCUUUGCAAAUUUUUAUCCACAGCAUAUUGAUCAACUUCGCACGAUAUUAGAAAAGGAUAAUCAACUGUUCACGAACGAUAAAACUUUGGGUCUCCUUUCUCAGGCUCUAGAACGUGCUCCACGUUGGUCCAUCACGAAACUUACGUCUACAUAUCUUACACUUGGUCUUUCUGAUAUUGGUCGGGCAGUGGGCAUUCAAAAGGAGGAAGACGUGAGAGUGUUGAUCUUGAGCAUGGUCGAAUCUUCCGAGAUUUCGGCUCAAAUCUCUGCAGAUGGCACUGUCACCUUCGCGGAUCCACCUCCUACGUUCUCCAAGGAAGAUGUGGAUAGGGUGCUCAUGGAAGCUCAAGAGCAGGGCGCACAACUUGCAAGGCUUGAGAAGGAAAUGGCACGAAGCAGAGAGUACCUGACUAAGGCUGUACGCAACAAGGACGACUCUUCUUGGGGCCCAGCAGUGGACGACGACUCAGCAUUCACUGAUCGUGCGGCAGGUAACUGGACUGAUGAUGCAAUGUUUUCUUAAAGAGGGGCAAGAUCAUAGAGAUAAAACGGGAGAUAUACUGUUUAUUACGGCAAUCGUACCUGCAAUCUUAUCGCAUUGUGUGUGCUACUCCUUCCUGACCGUGACCACGACAACGAUGCUUCUGUAUUCCGCUACAUGCUACUCCGCGUCUAGAUCUCCUCUCAGUACCUCAACCAUAAGCUCAAUCUUGACGCGCUGAGUAAAUGAUGUAUUCUGCGGAGGCCGAAUGGUGAGUAACGUUUCAACUUCCAUUG